AUGGCCGCGGGUAAGAAGGCUAAGGCCAAAGACAAGGGCAAGGCUGCCACCAAGAAGGUUAAGAAGGGGAAGAGCCCAGAAGUCACAGAGACUCAGACAACUACGACUACUCCUGCUCCUGGCAGCCCUGAACUUACGGCGCAGGAACCAGAACAAAUAAAAGAGCCUGCUGUUGACACGGAAGUAAAGACACCACUCCCCGUAUCAGCAUACGAGGUAUUUGACGACGAGAUACCUCAAGAUAGUUCCAAGCCUGUCGCAGAUCAACCAUCACCUGUGAUCAACAAUCCUGUAUCAGCAUACGAGAUAUUUGACGCCGAGAUACCUCAAGACAGCUCCAAGCCGGUCGCAGAUCAAGCAUCACCUGUACUUGACAAUCCUGUAUCAGCAUACGAGGUAUUUGACGACGAGACACCUCAAGACAGCUCCAAGGAGGUCGCAGAUCAAGCAUCACCUGUACUUGACAAUCCUGUAUCAGCAUACGAGGUACUUGACCAAGACACUACAUCUGCACUUCAAAGCAUCCCCGACCCUGUCGCGGAUCCAAAAUCACCCGUACACGAAAACCCCGUACUAGCAUACGAGGCGUUCGACGGCGAACCUUCACCCAAAGACAUCACCGACCCGAUCGUGGAUCAACCACCAGCUGUAGUCGACAAGCCUUUUGACGAAGCACCACAGUUGGGAGCACCACACUUCGACGAACCUCAGUUGGACACACCGCACUUAGACGAGUCAAGCUUGACCCAGCCUCCCAUCGAGAACAUCGAAACCCAAGAGCCACCCGCGGAAGAAUCAAACGUGGCUCAGCCUCCCAUCGAGGACCCAGAACUAAAGCAGCCCUUGGAAGACCAUACCAAGCAAGACGAACCUAACCAGGUCGAGCGCUCUGAAGAGACGACUGUAGUCUCAUCACCACCAGUCGACCCGUUUUCCCCUGUGGCCGCCUGUGUGCCCUUGCCUUCGCCAUCCUUGACUGAGGCACGGUAUAUGUCAAGUCCUUCCCAGGUUAACCAACAUUAUUAUCCUGGACCAUAUUCACCUUACGCUUCACCCGUCCCCUAUUCUGCGCAAUUGCCAAACGCAUCACCAAACGCCUACGCUUCUCAAACAGGCUACGCUUCACCAAACGCCUACGCUUCGCCAGUGCCGUACGCUGCCUCCCCGGUGCCGUACACCUCGCCCAACGCGUAUUCUUCACCAGCACCUUACGCCUCACCUGCGUUGUACGCCCCAGUACCGUACUCUGGUUUCCCAGUGCCUUACACCUCAUCCACACCUUACGCUGGCUCUCCAGUGCCUUACAGCUUACCCGGACCCUACGCUGGUUCCCCGGCGCCUUACGCCCCAUCAGUAGCAUACACUUCCUCGCCGGUACCCAAAGUCAGCAGCCCACUUGCACGUUCCCACUACCCUCAAAUGUCUCCAACUAUAUCACCCACUGCAACUCCCCCUCCUCAGAAUCCACCAGCUGCACCGAUGGCUCCUUCCGAAGCGCCACCUUCCGUGGCCCCAAGUGGACCGCAUUCUCUCCAAUCUCCUGUCAUGAGCUCUGCUGGAAUGAUACCUCCUUAUGGAUAUUAUUCUCCCCAUCACCAAUCGGAGGCCCAUUAUAUGAGCCGGGGCUACAGCAUCCCAGAUCCAUCGUAUCAGGCAUCAUUUCAGGCCCUUCAAAACCUGUCCAUGGCCAACGGCCAUUCCCACGAGAAUGGGUCUCCCCCAGAAAACGACAGUGAGCACAUUGAGCUUCUACAGCGCAUCCAGUCGGCCAUUCCAGACAUCAACCGUCUCCUUCAUGGUUUCCGCAAUACACACAGCAAGCUCUCGAGCCGGGAGGCUGAGAUGAAGCACAUUGGAAGCCAGCACGAGCAAGCUCUGAUUCACAAGGAGUACUACAUUGAAGCUUUGCAGUCCCAAAUGAAGAAGACUGCCAAUGAAAGUGCCGAAGAAGGCGCCAGAUUGAAGCAUACCAUCAGUGAGCUUCGUCUCGAACUCGGAGAUCUGCAAGAGAAGCAGAAGGACCUUGAAGAUGGCUUGGCUGUCCACCAGAAGUCCAACGAGGAGCUUACUGAAGCCAAGGUCGUACUCGAGGGACAAAUCAACAAGCUCAAUGAAAACAUCAGUGAGUCAACGGCGGCCCACGAGAAAGAGUUGGCGACCAAGAAGGAGGAGCAGGAGAAGGCGCUUGCGGCACAGAAAGAAGAGCUCACCGAGCUGUUCGAGGAGAUUAAGGCCGAGGAUGAGAAAACAGCAGCCGAGAAUCUCGAGACUCGUGAGCGCGAACUUCGCGCUGCCCACGAAGCUAGUCAAGGUGAAUGGGAGAAAGAGAAGGCCCUAUUGCAGGAAUCCUUUGAAACCCAGCGCACCGAGCUGGAGACUACCAAGGCAGAAGUGACAUCCCAGAUCGCUGCUUUGGAAUCCAAGGAGACCGAGCUACAAGCCCGACUCGCUGAACUCACAUCGACACGUGAGGAACUGGCAGCAAAGUUGGCAGAGCUUGAAGAAACCCACCAGAAGAACGCCAAAGAAACGGAAGAACUCCGCCAAGGCCAUGCUGGUGAAUUGGACUCCCUACGGCAAUCCCACGGCGAACAACUCGCUGCUGCUGCCAAAGAAUUGAACGACAAAAUCGCGGCUCUGGAAGCUCACUUCAACGAGAAAGAGCAGCUUUGGACCACGGAGCGCGCUGCAUUGGAGCAGCAACUAUCCGAGAAGAACAGCGAACUUUCCAGUGCUGAGCGAGAGAAGGAAAGAUUGGAAGGAGACGGAAUUGUCAAGGAGCAGCACCUUCAGCGUGCCGUGGAUGGGAUGCGAAUGACGAUCGAUAACCUGGGUGGUGAUUGCGACAGGCUGAGAAAGACACUGUCCAGCCUAGGCGAGGCCACUGACCUCAGAAACACCAAGGGCGAUCAAUUCUUCCUGGACUGCUUCACAGAGCUCUCGCAACUCAUCCACAAUCUAUCAAAAGAGCAUUUCGGAUAUCUCCCCAUCGAUCCCCCAAAAGACAUCCUUUCCAAGAUUCCAUCCGAACUUCCACCAUUCCUUGACAACACCCCAGCCUCCCGCGAACUCCGAUGUGCUUACAUCCAGCACAUUAUCUCAAAAACCCUCACCUUCCGAGUCUUCCAACCCUUCCUCUUCACCCUAGGCCGGCGCUACGAUAAAGCCGACACCUUCUUCCAGAUGCUAUCCAUGGACAUCCGACGCAAGUCCGUCCGCCGCGAGGCAUUCUGGCGCCAACAGACCCUGAAAGCAGCCUACACAACCUCAGACGCAAAACAAUCAAUCAACGUAGCUGCAGCCGUCAUUGUCGACGAAAUCAUCGACCACAUCAAGCAUUUCGCCGAUCCCAAGCACCUCGACUCCCUGCUAAUCGGGGUGCGAAAGAUCGUCAAGCUCGCCGCUGAGACAUGGAGACACGCGCGCGUUGAGCGCGAGCUCGUCCUCGCCAACUUCCCCGCCCCGGACGCAGAGAGUGUCUCGAACGAGGGCUGGCUGGAGUACGCUGCCAACACGGAUCAAAAGCCCACCACGACAAACGAGCCCACCCGCCAUGUCGUGCUGCGCACCUUCCCGCGUAUUACGCGCGAGGCGGCUCAUGAGGACUUUGCCAGUGAUGAAGAGAAAGCUACCGGGUGCACUUACUCGCAGGGUAUUGUGUUGUACUCUGAUUCGCCGGUCAUUAUGGGCCGUCUUCAGGAGUUUGCGAAGAAGUCUUCUGAUGCUCUGGUCACUGAGUCGCCUCCUAAGACGCCUGUGGCUGUCAAGGCUAUUGACAGGUUGGCACAGAUCGAGGCUUCCUCUCCGAAGGUUAUGACUGUUCGAUCAGCUCCUACGAGCCCGAAGGGCCAGUUUAGGAGUCUGUGA